ACUAUUCGAUACAUCGCCAACAGCUGAUGGCAAACAAUUGAAAAUAUAGCGCUGUUGUUGACAUGUUUUUGUUCAUAAGCCGUCCCAUGGGGACGCUGGGCAAUCGCAUGCGAGCGGUGCGUGACCGCUUGGGCGAUGAUUUUCUAGACAAGCUCGAUGAAUUACAUCUGAAUGCACUGCGCACUGGUUUGGUGUCCACUGCGGAUCUGCAGGAAGCUUAUCGAAAGGCGCGCGACAGGAAUGCCAAUCAAAACCGGUUGAAUUUCCUGUGGCUGUUAGGCAUCAUAUUCUUCAUAAUGGUGGCGACGCCCGUUUUCUACGAGACCAUCUCGUUCCUGCUGGGCGUGCGCUGCUUCCUGCCCAACAACCACCUGGUCUGGGAGGCAACGCGCCCAAUCAGCGACUGUGAGUUCUGCAAGGGCGUUGUGGCGCCUCUAAUUUUACCUAAUCUGACGCGCGAAGACUUUGCCCGAUAUGCCUACUCCUCGCGGCCAAUCAUUGUGAAAAAGGCUGUUGCGCAUUGGCCAGCAGAGCGAAGUCUUAACUAUACAUACAUCAAGGAACUUUAUGAGAGCGUGCCCGGUGCUUUGGACACAAUAUGCCAGUUUCAGCACUUUAAUUCGGACCUCAAAUCCUUGCGUGACGUUUUCCAGAUGUCUCCGAAACGCGCCAAUCUGAGCGAGGGUGCGCCAUGGUUUGUGGGAUGGAGCGUUUGCCAUCCGACGGUGCUCACGGAGCUGCGCAAGUUGUAUCCACGGCCACACUUUCUGCCCGUCGAUGCUGAAAUGCCGAACACAGACUAUAUUCUGAUGGGCUACGAGCAGGGUGCCGUCAUGCACCUGGACUAUAUUCCGCGACUCAUGUGGCAGGCACAGCUGCAGGGAAACAAAAGCUGGUUUCUGUCGCCCGCGCCGGAAUGCGAUCAUCAAUGUCAGUCGUUCUUCUUUUAUGUUGAGCCAGGCGAUGCAGUUCUGGUGGACACACGCACCUGGUAUCAUGCCAAUACCAUACCCAGAGGUCAAUUCUCGCUCACCGUGCAAUCUGAAUACGGAUAAGUGAAAACACUUCAUAUAAAAGUCUGAUACUAGAUUUAAGCGGUCUGUCAAUAAAUGUAAGCUCGUAUUUAUCGAAAAAGAA